AUGGAUUCGAUUACAGAAUUUCACAGCUCUGUAGCUCUGCAGGAAUGGGAUCACCUGAUUCAGAAAAUCCGACCGGGGGCUGAGGCAAGUGUAAUUGAUGGGCGCCGGCUCACUCUAGCAUCGAUCGUUGCAACUGCUAGAUACGGAGCUACUGCAUACAUUGACAGCGACACGCAGGCUCGCCUUGCUGAAAGUACAAAUGCGCUUGCGAGCAGUUUGAAAGAAGGGAGGAUAAUAUAUGGCGUCAAUACCGGGUUUGGGGGUAGUGCGGACACUCGCACACAAAAGGUUGAGGAACUCCAACGAAUACUAAUUCGGGAGCUCCACUAUGGUAUACUCUCUAGUUCAACGCCCGAAAUUCAUAGAAACCCAAUCCAGGAAUCGAAGAGUGUUGAUGAUGAGUCGUAUAUCAGAGAUCUCCUGAAAAGGGGAUUGCCAAUGGAGGACCCAGUUGCAACAACUUGCAUGCAAGAAGCGUGGGUUAGGGCCGCCAUUCUCGUCCGUACAAACUCACUCGCAAGCGGCCACUCCGGUGUGCGCCCGAUAUUAGUUCAGAGGAUGGUAGAUCUCUUGACAAAGGAUAUCGUGCCGAUGAUACCAGUUCAUGGUAGCAUAUCUGCGUCAGGGGAUCUCAGCCCCUUGUCAUACAUCGCAGGAACGCUGCAAGGAAAGUCAACUCUUCGGGUGCGUGCUGGGGUCAGAGGCCUCGAAAAGCGUCAUAUCGUGACGGCAGAUGUUGCGUUGGCAAACGCGGGCCUCAAUCCCAUCAAACUCGCUCCAAAGGAAGGACUUGCGAUCGUCAAUGGCACCGCAAUCUCUUCAGCUAUUGGUGCUCUAGCCAUGCAUGAUUCGCACUGCCUUGCAGUUCUGUCACAGGUGCUCACGUGUAUGAGUGUCGAGGCACUAAGAGGAACUAAUGAGAGUUUCGAUCCCUUCUUUGCUGCCGUUCGUCCACACCCUGGCCAAAUCGAGUCGGCUCACAACAUCUACAAUUUCCUUCGCGGCUCGAAAUUAAUUCAACAGAAUGAUGGGUCCGAGGUUGGGUCCUUGCGUCAAGAUCGAUACUCAAUCCGGACGGCUUCUCAAUGGCUCGGUCCUGUACUGGAAGACCUCUUUUUAGCACACAAGCAGGUGACAAUUGAGUUCAAUUCUGUUACGGACAAUCCUCUCAUCAAUAGGGAGGGUAAAUCGCUCCAUGGCGGGAAUUUUCAGGCAAAGGCUGUCACCUCCGCCAUGGAGAAGUCACGCCAAGGGGCGCAAAGCAUAGGACGAAUGCUCUUUACUCAAUGUACUGAGCUUAUCAACCCUACUACCAAUCGAGGCCUUCCCCCAAAUUUGGUUGCUGAUGAGCCCAGCCAGUCUUUUGUCAUGAAGGCGGUGGACUUGAUGGUUGCUGCCCUUCUCUCCGAACUUGGCUUUCUGGCCAACCCAGUCGGUAGUCAUGUCCAGACAGCUGAAAUGGGUAACCAGGCGCUCAAUUCACUAGCUUUAAUUUCAGCACGGUACACUCAUACUGCCCUCGAUGUUCUCUCGAAGCUGGCAGCGGCACAUCUGUUUGCUCUCUGCCAGGCUCUCGAUUUACGAGCCAUGCACAUCAAAUUCCUCGAAAUGGUAGAGCCAAUAUUCCGCACAAACACAGUAUCACUAUUUGGUGAAUUCAUCAUCUCACCCUCCGGUAAAGAUGGAGCGGAGGAAACCGGGGCUAACACUUGCGUCGCACUGUGGGCCCAUCUUGUCAAACUUCUCGACCAGACCACUACUAUGGACUCCACCGAAAGAUUCGAUUCUAUUGCCAAUGCCCUCCAGCCGACAUUAUUGACUAAUAUGUCGCUCUCGUCGGUUGUGGCAGUCGACGUUCUUGCAUUAGUGCGGUCAUGGACAAGCACUACCUCUGACCUCCUCAGUGAAACGUUCUAUGCCUGCCGUGACACCUACACUAAACAACCAGACGCAACACCGGUCCUCGGGGUAGCCUCUAAGUGUAUGUAUGUGUUCGUUCGAGGCACAUUGGGUGUACCAUUUUUGAGGGCGGAGCAGAUUAGAAGCCCAGACCCAGAACGUGCAGUAUUCCGUGAGGAAAAUGGCGAAGUGGCAAACGGGACAUUGGAGGUGGACAGCGCGAGCGGAAACUCAACGAUUCCAACUGUAGGCUCCCUGAUCACCUUGAUUUAG